AUGAUAGUUGUCAAGUCUUACAAUUCUUCUUCGAGUAAUAAUAAUAAUAAUAAUAAUAAUAAUAAUAAUAAUAAUAAUAAUAAUAAUAAUAAUAAUAAUAAUAAUAAUAAUAAUAAUAAUAAUAAUAACGGUGGUGGUAAUAACAAUAGUAAUAACACAAAAAAUAAUAAUAACAACAACAAUAAUAAUGAUAAUUCUUCAAAUAAUGAUAACAUCAACAACUCUAUUAAUAGCCACAACAUAAAUUUUACUGGGGGUGAUGGCGACAUACCAAAUAAUGAUAAUUUAAAUAAUUUUGAAAAUAAUUUCAAAAAAAAAAAUAAUUUAAUUUUUAACACAAAUAAUUUUAAUAAUAAUAAUAAUAAUAAUAAUAAUAAUAAUAAUAAUAAUAAUAAUAAUAAUAAUAAUAAUAAUAAUAAUAAUAAUAAUAAUAAUAAUAGUACAAAUGGUAUAAACUAUAAUAAUAAUAAUAUAAAUAAUUUAAAUAAUAUAAACAAUAAUAAUAAAAAUAAUAAUAAUAAUAAUAAUAAUAAUAAUAAUAAUAAUAAUAAUAAUAAUAAUAAUAAUAAUAAUAAUAUAAAUAUUUUAAAUAAUAAAAAUAAUAUUGAGAAAAGAUUUAAUUCAAGUAAUAUGUUUGACCAAAUGAAGCCUAAAGGGUUACCAUUUAAUAAUUAUAUAAAUUCAAAUUACAACAACAACAUCAUCAACAACAACAACAACAUCAACAACAACACCAAUAAUAAUAAUAAUACCGAUAACAAUUUAGAAAGUAAUGUGGGGUGCAAUUUUAAUAAAAGAAAUAAUUUAAAUAGUAUUUCCAAUAUUUGUGAUUCGGAGUCGAAUUCCAAUGAAUAUUUUAAUGAAUAUAUACAAAAAAUCGAUAGUAAUAACAAUGCAAGCGGUAAUAUUUUAAAUGUUAAUGAAGGAUUUGAAAAUAAACCAUCAACAGAUGAAAUGGUUGAUAAAAUUGAUACAAUCCAUAACAGAGACAAUAAUAAUAAUAAUAAUAAUAAUAAUAAUAAUAAUAAAAACAAUUAUAAUACUUUUAAUAUUAAAAAUCAUCAAAAUAAUAAAAAUGAGGAAACCGAUGAAAGACAUUAUUUUAGUAAUUCCAAUGGUUUCUCUAAUAAUAAUAAUAAUAAUAAUAACAACAACAACAACAACAACAACAACAACAACAACAACAACAACAACAACAACAACAACAACAACAACAACAACAACAACAACAACAACAACAACAACAACAACAACGACAACAACAACAACAACAACAACAACAACAACAACAACAACAACACCUGUAUAAAUAACAAUUAUAAAAACAAUAAAAGAUUUAAUCCCGAUUACGAUAUGGAUAGUGGAAAUGGAAAUGAAAAUAAUUUUAAAUACCAAAAUAGCAAUAGUAGUAAUAACAAUAACAAUAAUAAUAGUCAAUAUGUAAAUCGAGAUUCAGACAACAACAACAACAACAACAACAAUACUACAAUUAACCAACAAGCUAAAUUUAACAUUUAUCCAAGAUCCAAAACGAGCGAUGGUAAAAAGGAUGAAUACGAUAAAAAUAUGUCCUCUUUCAGUGUAGAUAAUAGUAAUAAUAAUAAUAAUAACAAUAAUAAUAAUUUUAGAAACAGUUUUAGUAAUAGUGGAAGUCCAAUUAAUUCACCAAAAGAUCCAAAUAGUUCGGGUAAUUUAGUUAAUAAUAAUAAUAAUAAUUAUAAUAAUGGCAACAACAACAACAACAACAACAACAACAAUAAUAAUAAUAACCAACAACAAAAUAAUACUAAUAAUAAUAAUAAUCAAAAUAAUAAUCAACAACAAAAUAAUAAUAGUAGUAAUAACAAUCAAAACAAUUUUAUAAAUAAUAGUAAUAACAGUAAUGGUAGUUGUCCAACAACACCAAUAUUAAAUAAUUCAACACCAACAAUGAUUUCAUCAGCAUCAUCAUCAGCAUCAUCAUCAUCAUCAUCGACCCCACCUGUAAAUAAAGAAAGAUAUCAAUGUCAACAUAUUGGAUGUAUGGAAGUGUAUAGAUGGCCAUCUGGUAGAUCACAUCAUUAUAAAUAUGCUCACCGAACUGAGUGUGCUGAAAUUAAUGGUGAACAAUGUCCGAAAUGCUCUAGCAAUAAGAGAUCAAAAAUUAUAAAGAAAACAAAAUGUAGACACUACACCUGUAACAUGUUAAUAACACCAAAGAAUAGAUCAAGACACGAAAGAAAUUUAAAACUACACAAUUGUCCGCCAUCUUGUGAAGCUUGUAAAUCAAUUAGACUUAGAGAGAUAAUGGGUGGUUAUAAAUAUCAAGAUAUUGAUUCUCCACCUGAUAAUUAUGAUAACUAUGAUAAUUAUUCAAAUCAUAAUCACCAUAAUAAUCAAAAUAAUUACAACAACAACAAUAAUAAUAAUAAUAAUAAUAACAACAGUAACAAUAACAAUAACAAUAACACUAACAAUAAUAAUAAUAAUAAUAAUAAUAAUAAUAAUAAUAAUAAUAAUAAUAAUAAUAAUAAUAAUAAUAAUAAUAAUAAUAAUAAUAAUAAUAAUAAUAAUUCAAAUAUUUUAUAUUCACCAACUUCAAGCGGAAGUGAAACACAACAAAAUCAACAAUCACCACAAACAACAUUACCUAUACUAGCUUCUCCAUCUUCUUCUUCCCCCUCAGUAAAUAAUAAUAAUAAUUUAUUAUCAUCUUCUCAACAAUUACUCCCUUCUCCUCCACCUUCUUCACAAUUCCAACAAAAUGUAAAAAAUCAACAAAGUCAAUUCAAUUUUCAAUCACAACAAAAUCAACAACAAAAUCAACAACAACAACAACAACAAAAUCAACAACAUCAUUUUCAUCAUCACCAUCAUCAUGGUCAAAAUGACCAACAUCACCAUCAUUAUCAUCAUCACUACCAUCAACAAGGUAGUUUCGAUUCUCAAGUUGACUAUAACCAUGGGGAGAUAUAA